GCGGCGGCCAGAGCUAGCGGGGCCAGCGCGGGCUGGGCAGGGCUGGGCAAGGCAGCCUGCGCUGCGCUGCGCUGCGGGAGGCCGAGGUGUGGGUGGGGGCUGACCGGGCGCUGCAGCCUGCGACGGACGGACGCACGGACCGCCGGACCGCCCGCUGCCGCGCGGCCCCCGCGUCCUAGAGGCGAGCGCCGGAGGGCGGAGGAGGGGGCGCGGCUGCCCGUGUCACUGCCCGUGCCCGUGCCCCGGGGCUGCCCGGCCGGCUCUUGUCCCUGGCCUCGCUCCCUGUCCGCCUCCCAAGAUGGUGUGCGGCGGCUUCGCCUGCUCCAGGAGCUGCCUGUGCGCCCUCAACCUGCUCUACACGUUAGUCAGCCUGUUGCUGAUUGGAAUUGCUGCCUGGGGAAUCGGCUUUGGCCUCAUCUCUAGCCUCCGGGUUGUUGGGGUGGUCAUUGCCGUUGGCAUCUUCCUCUUCCUGAUCGCAUUGGUGGGACUGAUCGGCGCUGUGAAGCAUCACCAGGUGUUGUUGUUCUUUUAUAUGAUCAUUCUCUUACUGAUCUUCUUCAUCCAGUUUUCUGUUUCCUGCGCUUGCUUAGCCUUGAACCAGGAGCAGCAGGGCCAGCUUCUGGAGGUUGGAUGGAACAACACAGCCAGUGCUCGGAAUGAUAUUCAGAGAAAUCUGAACUGCUGUGGAUUCCGAAGCUUGAACCCGAAUGACACCUGUUUUGAUAGCUGCCUUAAAAACAACCGUCAUUGUUCCCCCUGCGCCCCAAUCAUAGAAGAAUACGCUGGAGAGGUGCUGAGGUUCGUGGGUGGAAUCGGUCUCUUCUUUAGUUUUACAGAGAUCUUGGGAGUUUGGCUGACCUACCGAUACCGGAACCAAAAAGACCCUCGGGCAAACCCGAGUGCCUUCCUUUGAUGGCUGAUCAAGGGUGAUCUCUGGCAUGGUCCCUUCCUUCUUCCUUCCUGUUACAUAUAAGUUAAGCUAGUUGUCCUUUUUCCCUAAUUAAGUGAACUUUCUCUUUUAAAAUGACAAGAUAGAAGGGAGAAUUGUCUUUCUGUUUGUAGUUAGCCCACUGAGCCCAUCUUUCCCCAGUGAUGUCUUUUUCCAUGCCUCUGUUGGAAUACCCUCUUCUGAGUUAAGUUGUUCCCUCUUGCAGCCAUGCUGACAGUUUGUAGCUAGUGCCCCGAUGCCUUUCUUAGCCUUUGUACACUCAGAGAAAAUUUCAGUGGCAUUCUUGUUGUCAUCCACAUUGUGAGCAACAUGUCUAUGCCUCCUGGGUGGCAUUGGUUAUAGAUAUGGGAUGGGAAGCGGAAAAAGAUGAGGAAUUGAUUUGUAGCUGAUUCUUUUAGUUUGAAUGAGUUCAUGGAAGGGACUCCCCCACUCUAUCCCCCUAUUCACAGUAUCUUUUUCUUAAGAUAAACUUUGUGUGGAGUAAAACUAAAUUAAUUAAAGUGUUGAUUCAGGUUUUGUCGUCUUACUUUAGGACAAAAUUGUUGUUAUACAGAAGUAGAAAAGUGGUUUGGGAAAGUGGUAGGGAAGUAAUUCAUAGUGGGACCUGCCUAGGUUGGAAGAGAGGUGGGUGGCUCAUAGGUACCCUCCUCCCCUCAUCCCACCUCAGUGAUUGACAGUUGGCUAAUCCUGAAUGCAUCUGUCCUGAUUAUCUUUUCACAACAAUGAAUCAAGGUUCAAAUCCUUCUAUUUUUUACAAAAAGCAAAGCAAUCGUACUGUCCUGUGGGGUGAAAACACGAGAGUUGGUAACCUUGACAUCAGCCAGCCUCCAUCCAUCCUGAGAAGUCCUUGCUGAUUGUCCUGGGGAAGCUCUCAGACACAAGCAUUCUGGAAUGUGAUUGUCAUGAUUUCCGAUUUGAACAGAAUUGUAGCUAAGUUUAUUUAAAAACAAAUUAAAAGAUGGAAGACCUUG